CUCAGGCAACUUUCAAUUGCAAGACGCAAAUCGUAAACCCAAAAAGCAAACCUGAAAAAUGAAAAUCUUCUCGCUUGGUGGUGUCCUUACCCUGUCGGCUGUUGCCAGCGUUGCCUUGGGUGCUCCCCAAUUCGAAUCCCGUCUGCGCCGCGAUGUCUCGGAACUGGUGGACCCCGCUGCCGUGGAGUACCUGCCUCCCUCGAUCACGGAGGCUGCCCCUGCCCUGCUGAAUGUUGAGCCCGCGGUGGCUGAGCCUCAGGCCGAGGUGGAACCAGCUGCCCUGGAGGCCGAUCCCGAGGAGGGCACUGUCCUGGGCGAUGAGGGCUACGAGUACCGCACCGUGCGCCGCCUGAAGCUGCGUCAUCGCAACCGCCGGGAUGUGUCCCAUUUGCAGCCAGCCAGGCAGUAUCUGCCACCCAGCAAGUCCUACUUGCCGCCGGCAGCCCAGGAGGCUCCUGCCGCUCCAGCUGCAGCUCCUCCAGCCGAUGACACCGAGGAGGUGGUGUCCGCUGCCGAGCCCAAGGUCAACCGGGAGUACCUGCCGCCCACUGAAGCUGCCCCGCUGGCCGAGGAAACCACCGAGGCCGAGGUGGCUGCUCCCGAGGAGCCAGCCGACGUCCGUGUGGUGGAUGUGCCCACUGUCUCCGGGCAGCUGCUCCAGGACGGCUACCAUUACCAGCAGCCGGCUGAGAUGCCCGCUGAGCUGCGGGAAUCCGCCCCGGAGUACCUGCCUCCAGUUGGCGGCGAGGAGGUCAUCGUGGAGGGUCCUGCUGGAGGCGAGAGUGCCGUGCUGACCAACGAUGGCUACCAGUACCGCGCCAUCAGGCGUUACAGAUUUUAAAUUUCUCAA